AUGGCCAUGGUCGAGACCAAGGACAAGGCCGUCGAAGAGGCCAAGGGCGGCCUGGAGGAGCUGGUGCGGCGGGCGGGCCGCGAGCUGGGCCUCGGGGCGCGGGCGGACGACGAGCUGCGGGCCGUCGCCACGCGCCUCCACGACAACUGGUUCCACGCCCCGGCCGACCUCGCCCACCUCACCCACGACGAUGCGGCCCGGUUGCGGAUUCCGCUGCGGCUGUACCAGGAGCUGGUGCGCAUGGCCGACGCACCACCACCUGCCGCCGCCGCCGCCGCCGCCCCCGCGGCCCCGGCCGCCAGCACCACCCCCGCUGCGCCGUUGACGUCGGCGGUCCCGGUAGCACCGGCACGAGUGAAGGGACGGCCGCGUGGUCGCAGUGGUGACGGCGGCCGAAGGGCCGAAGGCGAAAAGGCGACGGGCGAGAGCGCGGAAGUCGAGGCCUCGGCUUCGGCGGAAGCCGGCACUGCAGGCACGAAGUCCUCGAAGACCGGAAGCCGGCGGGGCGAAGCGACGCGCACGAAGGGCGAAAAGGCGACGGCCAUGGCGAGCGUGGAGGGCGAAGAGGCGACGACAGAGGCGGAGGGCGAAGAAGAAGAAGAAGAGGCGACGACAGAAGUGCGGGCGAGAGCGCGACAGGCGGGGAGCAUGCGGCUGGGGUGGGGCCGGAGCGGCGCCGUGCGGCUGGUGGCGCGGAAAAAGAACACCGACCGGACGCCCUAUGGUCUGCGCGCCGCCGAGAUCGGGCCGGGCCUCGCCGCCCAGCUCACCGCCUUCCGUCGCUUCCUCACCACCAAAUUCUACGGGCAGCAAGAGUCGCCGGUGGGGCAGGAGACGGCGGCGAUGUACCAGAAGCACGCCCUGCUGUUCCUCGGUUGGCUCUGGCGCCACCGCGAGGCCGCCCCGGGCGCCGCCUCGCCCGCCCUGCCCACCAAAGUCCAAAAGUUGACGUUGGACAGCCUGUUCGCGAAUUCGAGCCGCGAGUCGGCGUCGGUGGUGUACGAGUACGUGCAUUGGCUGGUCACGGUGCGCGGCCACACGCCCAGCGGCGAGCUCAAGGCCCUCCACUCUCUCGUGGCCCUCGCCAAGUUCCUCUUCCACAAGCAGAGCAAGUCCGACCCCGCCGAGGGGGACAAGGCGUAUUCGGACAUCGGGGUGGUGCGAGAGCUGCGGAGGCUAGCGAGCGACGCGGCGGCUCGGGCCAAGAUCGCGCCCAAGGUCUCCAACGAGCGCGCCAAGUGGCUCGACUGGCCCGAGUACCUGCGGUGCGUGGAGCUGCUGCAGAGCGAGUGUGCGGAGAAGGACAAGCUGCAUCACCGGCGCUCACCCAGCGCGGUCGCCCAAAGCUUCCAGCUCUACCUCAUCAUAUUGAGCUGCGUGCCGGAUAGGCAGCGCACACUCCGGGAGCUCGAGGUCGGCAAGACGCUGUUCAAAACGGAGGAGAGGGAGAGCGGGGCCGUGCGGUGGGAGAUCCGGCACGGACCCGGCGACUACAAGACCGGCAAAAUAUACGGCGAACGGCCCCCGCUCCUCAUCGCACCCCACAUUUAUCCCUACCUCGAGGAGUACCUCACCAGGUGGCGGCCCCACCUCAACCCCGACCACAACUUCGUGUUCAGCAAGAAGAACGGGGGGCGGCCGGACGCCAAGUGGGUGUACGCGGUCUUUUCGACGGCGGCCUACCGACUGACGGGCAAGCGCACCAACCCGCACCUCAUCCGCGACAUGAUCGUCACCUACCUCCGCGACACCGACGCGUCGGAGCGCGAGCUGGAGGCGUUGGCGAUCUACAUGGGCCAUUCCCUUAAGAUGCAGAAGACGACCUACGAUCGGCGCACCAAGCAGCAGAAGGUGGCCCCCGCGGUCCACCUGAUCCACUCCAUCAAGUCCACCUCCGCCCCCUUCCCACCACCGCCGCCGCCCCCUCCGCUCCCCACUACGGGUCGUCGAGCCGCCGCGGGCCAAUCGGGAAAGGCCUAG